CAGAAUUACAGAGUUGCCAUCGGCAGCAAAGUAGACCGGAAAACCCCAUCUCCCCCGCCGCCCCACCACGCACGAUGGCCGCCGUAAGGUCGCUGCUCCGCUCGUCGGCCUCCCUUCUUCGCGCCGCCCCCGCCCUCGCGAGAUCCUCGGCUACCACGCGUCCGUCUCUUCGGCGCGCAUUGGCUGCUCCUCCUCGCCUUCUCCGGUCGCCCGUCGAGUCGAGCUUCUGCGUGGAGUCGCUUCUGCCUCUGCACACCGCCACCGCCGGUGCACGCAUGACGUCCAUGCUCGCCGCUCCUGGCCAAGGCCUCGGCUGGCUCACCCAAGGAACCAGGACAUCAAUUGUGCUUCGAGUUCUUCUGUGCCUGGAGGAAACAGGAAGAGUUGAUUGGAAAAAGAAAAAAUGGGAUGUGUUUUUCUUUUUGUUCAUGUGAACUGAGAUACGACUUAAUAAACUAGAUCUUCGAAUGAUGCUCUGACCCCCCCCCCCCCCUUUUUUUAAUGUUUUUUCAUUGACUAAAACGGUUAUGUAAUGAUAACUAUGUGACACUUGUUUUGUUUGGUGUGAUUCUUCAGCGUAGCCUGGUGAUCGAGACUCAUGCAGGCAUUCGCUUUUGAUCUCAA